AUAAAGGCUGCGCGGACCUAGGCGGCGGUGUCACAACUAUUCGCAGGAUGGCGCGAGCACACCGCUUCUGUCUGCCAACAGCUCUGCCCUUGGGGCUGCUGCUGCUGCUGGCCCUAAUGGCGUCCACCGCUGAAUCCUCACCAGCGUCGUCGGCGACCUCCGCCUCGUCAGGGUCGACGGUGCUCGUCAAGGAUGUAGCCGCGGACAACGAAGAGCCUUGGUGGCACCACGCUGUCAUUUACCAGAUCUACCCAAGGUCCUUUAAGGAUUCGAACGGCGAUGGUCUCGGAGACAUCAAAGGCAUAACUUCCGAGCUCCAGUACUUGCACGACAUUGGCGUUACUGCUGUUUGGCUGUCUCCGUUCUACCCCUCACCUCAAGCUGACUUUGGCUACGACAUUAGCGACUUCAAAAACGUGGAUCCGAACUAUGGAACCCUUGAUGACUUCGCUGAGAUGGUGAAGAAGACCCACGAUUUAGGAAUGAAGGUUGUUGUUGAUCUCGUCCCCAAUCAUUCCAGCGACGAACACGAGUGGUUCAAAGCAUCGGCCAAGGGAGAUGAUAAGUACAAGGAUUACUACGUUUGGGGCGUUGGAACCGGAACUGGAGCGGACGGAAAACCCAAUCCACCAAAUAAUUGGGUAUCACACUUCCGUAAAUCUGCGUGGGAGUGGAACGAGGAGAGGAAAGCUUAUUACCUUCAUCAGUUCGCUGUCAAGCAGCCCGAUCUUAACUAUCGGAACCCACUCGUCGUCCAGGAAAUGAAGGAUGUUUUCACCUUUUGGAUGAAGCAAGGCGUUGACGGUUUCCGCGUCGAUGCACUGCCCUUCUUGUUCGAGACUGCAGACCUCACACAGGACGAGCCAAAAGCGGUGAACCCAAGUCCUGACCUCGACGAGAUGGACUACGAUUUCUACACGCACCCGUUAACCAUGGACUAUCCCGAGACGUAUGAUAUGCUGCAUCAGUGGCGCGAGCUCGUUGACAAUUUCUCUGCGGAGAAGCGGGUUAUCAUGACGGAAUGCUACACCACUUUCGACAAGACCAUCGAGUACUACGGCACCAAGGAGAAGUUGGGUGCACACUUCACCUUCAACUUCCAGCUCAUCACUAGCCUUAACAAGUCAUCCCUGGCGACUGACUUCAAGAAAACCAUCGACACUUGGAUGAUGGCAAUGGGAGACUGGCGAUGGCCUAACUGGGUGAUUGGCAACCACGACAACAGCCGCGUUGCAACGCGUUACCCAGAGAUGGCCGACGCAAUGAACAUGAUUUCAUUGACGCUGCCCGGAACUGCCAUGACUUACAAUGGCGAGGAACUAGGCAUGACUGAUGCCUUCAUUUCAUGGAGCCAGACCAAGGACCCGCAGGCCCUCAACACAGACCCGACCCGCUACUUGCGUGUGUCCCGCGACCCCUGCAGAACUCCGAUGCAGUGGGACGACACAACAAGUGCAGGCUUCUCCACUAGCGCGUCCACUUGGAUGCCAACAAACCCAAACUACUAUGAGCUGAACGUGAAAAAGGAGCUUGCCACCCCGAAGUCGCACAUUAACGUCUACAAGGACCUCACUUCAGCCAGAAAGACAGAAACCAUGAAGAACGGAGAUUAUAGCACCGCAGUAAUUGGGGAGAAUGUCCUAGCAAUCACGAGGUCUCUAAAAGACGCUGACACAUACAUCACCCUCGUGAACGUUGGUAGCUGGGAGGAGACUGUAAAAUCUGCAUCACUUAGUCAAUCUGCUUUGAAAGUGUACACUGCAGGUGUUAACUCUAAGCUUACGAAAGGUGAUACGUUCCCUGUUUCCCACACCUUGCGACCAAAGGAGGGCUUGCUUCUAAUUGCGAGAGUCGCAAGUUCAUAAGCCAUGGCUGCCAAAAUAUUCAGCGGUCGACAGAAGAUUAUAUCCGCUUUACCGGAAAGUUUCGUGAUUCGGCCUAAGGAGGGUGUCGUCUUGACCACCGGGAACCCGAAUGGAGGCAGUGCUGCACCAACGGUUCAGGCUGCCAUGUUAUUGACCCUGCUGUUACCUCUACUGUGCCUGCAGAACUGAUGCUAAGUGGCCUAUGUGUGCUACUCUGGUGGGCUUUGCCUUAGAUCUGAAAAGUGCAGGAAGAGAAAAACCCAUGAGCAGUAUAAAAUGCGUUAUGUGAUAAG